GAUGCAUAUUUUGUCAGAUAGAUUCCUUUCAUAUUUGAGGCCUUGAAAACAAACCAACCAACCACAUAAGACUCCACUACUUAUAAAACUUAGCGUCCUCUCUCUCUCUCUCUCUCUCCUGUGUGUGUGUGUGUGUGUGAGAGAGAGAGAUGGGGCAGCAGAGCAUAGAAGCUCCUCUUUUGGGCAACGAUGGGGAGGCCAAGAAGAAGAAUUGGCGCAGAAUUCUGCUGACCAUCCUAGCAUUCUUAACCAUUAAAUAUGUUGUCAUUCUUACAAUAGAUGGCAACUUCAGCUUUUUAGUACUGAGAGGUGUGAACAAGUAUGAGACAAGAGUGCAGAUUGAGGAUGAUUUCAUCGUUGAGUCAGAGCGGGCGGUUGUUGCAGCUGACGAUGCUAGGUGCUCUGAAAUUGGUGCAUCAAUGCUUAGACAAGGUGGGCAUGCAGUUGAUGCUGCUGUGGCAACUGCACUGUGCCUUGGUGUCGUCAAUCCGAUGGCAAGUGGAAUAGGAGGUGGGAGUUUCAUGGUUGUUCGAUCUUCAUCAACAUCAGAAACUCAAGCUUUUGACAUGAGGGAAACUGCUCCUCUCGCAGCUUCACAGAACAUGUAUGCAAAGAAUCCCGAGGCCAAGUAUGUAGGUGCACUCGCUAUGGGCGUUCCAGGUGAGCUGGCUGGCCUUCAUGAAGCUUGGUUGAAAUACGGGCGACUGCCUUGGAGGACUUUGUUGCUACCGGCCGUUAAACUUGCCAAAGAAGGGUUUGUAGUUGCUCCCUAUCUUGGAUUAGCCAUUGCAAAAGGUGCAAAGAUGAUCCUGGCUGACCCUGGCUUAAGACAAGUGUUUGCACCGCAUGGGAAAUUGUUACAAGCUGGUGAGACAUGCUACAAUGUGGAGCUUGGCCACAGCUUAGAGGCAGUAGCAGAACAAGGUCCACAAAUCUUCUAUAAUGGAACAGUAGGUGAAAAGUUAGUCAAGGAUGUGAGAGAGGCUGGAGGUAUUUUGACAAUGGAGGAUUUGAGGAAUUACAAAGUGGUGGUAACCGAUGCACUCUCUGUGAAUGUGAUGGGCUACACUAUUCUAGGAAUGCCAUCUCCAUCAAGUGGAAUACUAGGGCUUUCUCUGGUACUAAACAUCUUAGAUAGCUACGGGAAUACCAAUGCUGCCAAGGGACCUCUGGGUUUACAUCGCCUAAUUGAAGCACUGAAACACAUGUUUGCUCUCCGAAUGAACCUUGGUGACCCCAACUUUGUAAAUAUUAGCAAAACUAUGUCUGAAAUGCUUUCCCCUUCUUUUGCUAAGAAGCUUCAGCAAAAGAUAUUUGACAACGCCACUUUCCCUCCUGAAUACUAUAUGCACAGAUGGAGUCAGCUUAGAGACCAUGGAACCAGCCAUUUCUGCAUUGUAGAUGCUGAUCGAAAUGCUGUAUCGAUGACAACUACAGUAAAUUAUGGUUUUGGAGGUGGGGUGCUCUCCCCAUCUACUGGUAUUGUUCUCAAUAACGAAAUGGAUGACUUCUCGACACCAACUGAAAUAUCGCCUGACAGACUCCCUCCUGCUCCAAGUAAUUUUAUCAAACCAAACAAGAGACCCUUGUCCUCCAUGAGCCCAAUCAUCGUUCUCAAGGAUAAUCAGCUGGCUGGGGUCCUUGGUGGUAGUGGUGGUUUAUACAUAAUCCCGGCGGUCAUCCAGGUUUUUCUUAACCAUUUUAUCUUUGGGAUGGAACCAUUGUCUGCCGUUCAGUAUCCAAGAGUCUACCACAAGCUAAUUCCAAAUGUGGUUUUGUAUGAAAACUGGACUGUGAUCGAUGGCGAUCACAUAGAGCUCCCAGAGGAGAGACAGCAUUUCUUGGAAGAGCGGGGCCAUCAACUGCAGGCUAAGAGUGGGGGAGCCAUCUGCCAGCUUGUUGUUCAAACCCUUCAGCCCCCCAUUGACAUGGGUCGGAAAAAGGGAAAGGAUUCUAAAGACCAAGUGUUCCGGGGAACUCUUACCGCUGUUAGUGACCCUAGGAAAGACGGGAGGCCUGCGACCACCUGAUACUCUGAUCCCUAGUUUUAUUCAACAAAUCUCUCUACAACUUAUUGUAUCAUUGAACAUUUUUUUGUAUAUAUCAGUUGGGACCAUGGUUGUUAGUAUCAUAGGGUCUAUAAUGAUCAGUGCUUGUAUUCAACUAGUUAGAUAUAUUAAUAUCCAAAAUUCCAAGCUAUCCAGAAAAUGACUCUUUGCCCUGCCUCGAUUAAGCCCAAGUUGCCAUGUAUUUUUUGUUUUCUUCUCUGAAAGUCAGUGGCCACCAUGGAGCCACUUAUUGAAAGCUAUUCUAAAUUGUUGCAAAGAAUUUCUCAACCAGAACAGGAACGAUACUACUACUAACUUAUCAGACACAGUCACAAAAUGCAGGGAACGUAUAUUCAAUCAA